UCGAUGCGUCGAAACUGCCCAAACAGAGGAAGGAAAAUAAGAUGGGAGGAGCUGUGAUCUGGACGGCGUUCGAGGUGCUUUUCAUCGUAGCAAUAAUGUUAGCAUUUGGAGUAGUUUCUGCUAUGGUCUUGGAAACUUUCCGGAGAAGAUUCAAUCACAACCACGUUGAAGCUCCUCCUGUUUUCGAGGAUCCUAAUUCGUUGAACCAGGUUCCUUGUCCUCAUAUUUUUGAUUCCGCUGAGAAGUACAUAUCUUUGAUUGUUCCCGCUUACAAUGAAGAAAAUAGGCUUGCUGGAACUCUUGAUGAAACCUUAAAUUAUCUUCAACAGCGUGCGGCAAAGGACAAGUCUUUCACAUAUGAGGUGAUAAUUGUUGAUGAUGGAAGUGCUGAUGGAACAACAAGGGUAGCUUUUGAUUAUGUCAAAAGAUACUUGGUAGAGAACGUUAGAGUAAUUCUUCUGGGAAGGAACCAUGGGAAGGGAGAAGCUAUACGAAAAGGAAUGCUGCACUCUCGUGGUGAAAUCCUUCUAAUGCUUGAUGCUGAUGGUGCAACAAAAGUAACUGACCUUGAAAAGCUUGAAAAUCAGAUCAUUGCAGUUGCUAGGAAGGGACAUGAAUUUGGACAAUCUAUAGCUAGUGAUUCAACAUUAAGAAUAGCAGAUGUCCUAGUUGCUGCAAUUGGUUCUCGUGCUCAUCUCGAGGAACAGGCUCUGGCCACAAGGAAGUGGUACCGCAAUUUUUUGAUGAAGGGUUUCCACGUUGUGGUUAUGUUGGCUGUUGGCUCUGGUAUCCGGGAUACACAGUGUGGUUUUAAGAUGUUUACUAGGGCUGCUGCCCGGAAGCUUUUCACAAACAUCCGUUUGAAAAGGUGGUGUUUUGAUGUGGAAUUGGUCUACUUGUGCAAUACAUUUCAUAUCCCAAUGGUCGAGAUAUCUGUAAAUUGGUCCGAAAUUCCGGGAUCAAAGAUUAACAUGGCAAGUAUUCCCAACAUGUUAUGGGAGAUGGGACUGAUGUCUUUGGGGUAUAGAUCUGGUAUUUGGAAGAUCUAUGGCUGAGUUUGCAGCCUGGGAUAGAUGCAUCAGGGAGUUGUAGUAUGAGUAUCUCAUAUCUUAAACUCAGAAGAGAAAGGCUUACUCGGACAUACGUAAGUAGGUAGCUGGAGGUCUUGCUUUUCUUACGUCAUAGGUUUUUGCAAAGUGAUCUGAUCAAAUUUGAUAUAAAACUAACUGAUUAGCACUCAGAUUUGUCUUUUUCUUUUCUUUUCUUUUCUUUUUAAAUUGAUUUUACUCUGGGAUAACUCGCGAGGGAUAACAACGGAGUUUUGUAUGGACUGGGGCAAUGUUGGGGCCAAGCAAGAGUGCUCCCCUGUUGUUUCUGAAAAUCCAUUGUAUGCCAUACUAAUAGUGGUAUUCGCUUGAAGUCCAUUAUACGUCA